AAGACCGCCGUACCAGGCAUCGACAUCACAUUACAUCUCCUCACAUCCCGAGUAUACACAUCGACCACAGGUUGAAGUUUGCAGAUUCGUUGUAGACAACGUAAGAAGAUCACCAAACACGAAAUGGCUUCUUUCAAAUAUCUGAUAUUCAUCGCCUUGGCCGUGUACUCCGUUUCCGCCGAAGAAGGAGUAAGAGCAAAGAAACACGCCUACAUCGCCGCUGCCCCAGCUCCGAUUUUGGGUUACUCUGCCUCAGCCCCUGGAUCGUUCUCCUACGCUAGUUACACCGGUUACCCAUACACCUAUCCUGCAACAGCAGCUGCAUACCACGCACCAGCUACAUACCCGGCAUCAACAUACCCAGCAACAGCUUAUGUCGCCGCCGCAUACCCGAGCUACCAUGAAGAUGACGGCUCAUACUGGCCAGGCAAAUACGAAAAGACUUACGUCCCUGCAGCCUACAAGGCCGCAUACCCGAGCUACCCUGAAGACGAUGGCAAAUACUGGCCUGGAAAGUACGAAAAGACUUACAUCCCAGCCUACAAGGCAGCAUACCCGGUCGCCUACCACUAUUAAAAAAUGAUAUUCAACCUCCCUUCAAAACAACCUUAGUUUUCGAUAAGUCUUUAACAAUAAAAAAGUGAUCUUAAUUUUUUCAUCAA